AUGGAUGUCAAAGAAAUCAUAGCUUUACAUUCACUGCUUCAUUUAGUUUUCCACCGAAAUAAGAAUCAGCACGGAAACACGAAAUGGUGGAAAUGGUUGUCUAUCCUGAAACGCAUCACUCUGAAACUCGCCAAGUCAUUGGAGACCGAUGCCUUCCAUACGGUUCGCCUAUAUAAAGAGCACCUGGCUUUGCAUGUCAUUCCAAAUUGUUACCUAGCAUUCUCGAGAGUCAUAGCCGAUGGCCAGUUUUCUACAAUAGGCAUAGUGCUGAUAGCUGCACUUGCUCGUUUAACUAAAGCGACAGGAAUAGACAAGGAGAUGAACUCCCUGCGUGGAAAGAAAAUGGCAUUUCGGCCGUCGACUUGCCUUAAGAAUUUGCAACAGGAGGAUGUGGGAGAAGUUGUUUCUCGGUUGAGCGAGUCUUUUAUCCCUCUUCCAAGCUUUCAAUCUGGCAAGCAAGCUGGUUCAGAAGAACCAAAUAGCCACCAAAGGGAAGCAAAAGAAACCGCUACUGUAGCUGUCAAACCUUCGGGCCAGAAGAAGAGGAAGAAGAAUGCCAUCGAUGAUCUUUUCAAUGGGGUCCUAUGA